UGGCUAUAUGAGCUCCGCGGAGGCGCCUCCUCGGCCUUUUUCCGCCUCGUUCUUCGCUCGCGCCGGGGGCUGCCGCCACUAGCGCUCUUCCACCCGGCCUGACGCCGCCCGCCUGCCCGCCGCCUCAGCCAUGAUCAUCUACCGCGACUGCAUCAGCCAAGAUGAGAUGUUCUCGGAUAUCUACAAAAUCACAGAAGUUGCCAAUGGCCUCUGCCUGGAAGUGGAAGGGAAGAUGGUCAGCAGGAAAGAGGGUGAGAUUGACGAAGCCUUGAUUGGGGGAAAUGCAUCGGCCGAAGGCCCAGAAGGUGACUGCACAGAGGCCACAGUCAUCACCGGCGUUGACAUCGUCAUGAAUCACCACCUCCAGGAAACCUCUUUCACUAAGGAGUCUUACAAGAAGUACAUCAAGGACUACAUGAAGUCAAUCAAAGCCAGACUUGAGGAAACCAAGCCAGAGAGAGUAAAGCCUUUCAUGACAGGCGCAGCUGAACAAGUAAAGCACAUUCUUGGAAACUUCAAAAAUUAUCAGUUUUUUGUAGGCGAGAAUAUGAAUCCAGAUGGCAUGGUGGGGCUACUGGACUUCCGCGAAGAUGGCGUGACCCCCUAUAUGAUUUUCUUUAAGGACGGAUUAGAGAUGGAGAAAUGUUAACAAGACAUCAAAUCAUUCCGAAUCAUUUGUCAUCAUAAUUGGCUGCUGCUCUUUAUUCAUCAACAAAACAUCAUGACUCAACAAUGUCUGAAAAAAACUGGACUGAUUGAUAUCAUCUUGAGCUUUAAUUUGAUUUAUUUUGACCCCCCUCCCCCGAAUUAUAAUUGAAGUGUGGAGAGGCAUUGGUUUUUUGUUUUUUUUUAAGAGAAAAAAAAACACCAAACUUGUCUUGUAGGCUGUCUAAAAUUAAAAACAAACAAACUCAUUUAAACCCAGCCUAGGUAAUGCCUCUUGGUUUAAUGUGUUGAGCGGGCUUCUCGUAGCUGUUGUGCAUCCAUAGAGUGUGGCCUUAGUGGUUGUGUCUCCAGAUAUCGGGACUUCGAAACUGGAAGUUCGAUUGGCCAUUCCCUGAACUGCUUUUUUUAGACACUUGUUGGGAAAAAAAACCCCGGUCUAACAAAGAAAUCAGCUUGACUUUCUGAAGCGGACUUGACACCUUUUUAACAACGCACGAUAACUACUCGGACGACAACCCGGGAGAGGUCUGGAUGUGUGGUGUGGCUUUGCACGCUAAUCUCGGGUGUUUCACCAGUGAAGGAGAGAUGGCGAUUUUUUCCGACAAACAUAUCAUGCUGAUUGAGCAGAAAAGUGGGAAGAGAAUUCUUGGCCGCGGAAACGAGAAUAUUGGGCAAACAACCGACACAUUCGCGAGGCAUUGCUUACGUGCUGUAAUACGAAAUAACUGUAAUUUAAAUACAUGAGUAUAAUACCAAUUGAA